GGGGGCAGAGAGAGCGAAUCCCAAGCCAGCUCGCUGUCCGCACAGAGCUUGACCCUGGGCUCCCGCUCCCUGAGAGCAUGACCUGAGCCCAAGUCGAGAGUCGGACACUCAACCGACCGAGCCACCCAGGCUCCCCACUGCAAAGGUCCUGAACUCCUUUUCCAAGUCGCCCGGGAUGCUCUCUAAAAUGGCACACGCCUGGGAACCGCCCGAGAGACUCGGGCGCAGCAGCCGGAGCGGGGUGCACCUGUCUAUGUUUAAUGCACAUCCUGAGGGUCAGCCAAGAGGGAGAACGUUUGCCUCGUUUUGAGUUUUUCCUCCCUGGGAGCAAAGGGGAGAGAUGCUUGGAAGGAUCCACAGAAAGGCCCAUUUGGUGGCAUCUCUGAACCUCCUUGUCCUUAACUUUAAGAUGAGGAUGCCAACCCCUACUUCCUCGGGUGGUUAUGAAGCUUACGGGAAGGGAGAGAGACUGAACACCCGAGACUGAGUCCACACGCCCCACACACACCUUUACCUCCGCCAACGGCAAAGACCGCUGGCUCGGCACAGGGGGUCAUUCAUGAUGAUUGGAGUGAUUUCUAUCCGAACCACUUGUGCUCUGCACAAGGAGUUACCACAUGUCCUCUGGCUGCACCAGGCUCUGGACACGGACAGAAACUGCAUGGAAGUUAUUUCGUCACUCGGUGGCUUAACCGUAAACACUUCUCUUUCUGGAAAAGAAGAGCUUUUCGACACUGCGACCUCGGUUCGCGGAAUGGAAGCGCGGCCACCGCGUUCAUCCCCCAAAGAGGACACCGCCCUGGAGGGAGUCCGCAGGUUGUCACCUACAGCAUCUCCUCUAAUCGUCCUGAGGCCGUGCGAGGUGUCCAACAUGCGGAACUCACGACAACAGAAGAGCUGUGAGGAGUUGCACGAGUAGGAAGUGGCAAAGCUAAAAGUCGAGCCCACUCAGCACAAUAUCAAGUGCAAUGUUGUUUACGCUUCACCACAACCGACCCCAACAAUCACCCUGCUAACCGGCUCACGUGUGUAGACCUCCAUCCUGAUCACAGAGUUAAAAUGCAUGAGGCACAGGACGCGUUCCUUGGCUGCUGUGAAGCAGAUUAGCCGUGUGCCACGCGGGGUAUACUUCCAGGCUCGGUGACCUUGUUUCCUACCCCAGAUCACGUUCCUGUUAGCAAACUCCCACUCCGCCUCCAAGUUCAGGCACACAUCCACAUGUCCGGCUUUCCCUGCCACCUAUGCCCAUCCCAGCUGCCUGGACCCAUUUUUUUUUUUUUUUAAUUAAACGGAAAACAGACUAAAUCUUGCAGUUUCAGUUCUUUGGGGCUAAGAUGCAAAAGCGAACUACAACAGUACAACUUGCUGUCGCUGCUGGGGGACAGCAUAUCAGAUCAUCAGACGAGGUUGCUGCCCAAGACGGAAAUAGGGAGACCCACCAUUGCCUUGGAUCGUCUGUCCAGAACUUAAUUUCCUCCAUCUUCUUAAUCCCAAACGCCUCUUCUACAGAAGAAAGCCUUCAUUUUCUAACAAAUUGUUUGCUUUUUUUUUUCCAAGUAAGUUGACUUAAAAGGCAAAUAGCCCCUAAAUUUGCAUUAAAGUGUAAAUGACUGACAGUCGACCCUUCCACGUAGUACAUUUUCUGAGGGUAGAGGGCCUGAAAGCAGUGUGGGCUCCAGGCAUCAGAAGGGGUGAGGCACGGAUGGCAGGCAGACAGGCAGCGGUCACGUGUGAAGGAAGGACUCAAAACCUGGAGGCCCAGAAAACUUAUAUCGUCUUCUCCACCUCUUGUCACAGCUCCAGAAGCGUAAGUGACAAAUGACAGUAGCAUCUGGUGUAGAAAAUCAUGAUUCUACAAGUCCACACGUAACCAUGUGUUCACGGCAUCGGGCCCUGCCACCCUCUGUCCCCACACAAGGUUAUUACGGUAUUACUGACUGUAUUCCCCAACUGUACUUCCCAUCUCCAUCUCAUCUAUUUGAUAACCAUGGGUUUGUAUCUCUUCCCCCCUUCACCCACCUCUUCUGUCUCCCCGUCCCCUCCCCUCGGGCCACCCCUCAUCCUCCAUAUUUGAGUCUGUUUCUGUUUUUGUGGUUGUUUGUGCAUUAGGGUUUUUUUUUAAGGUUUGAGGUUUUAUUUUUAGGUAAUCUCCACACCCAACAUGGGGGUUGAGCUCACGACCCCACGAUCCAGAGUCACAUGCUGCAUUGACUGAGCGAGCCAGGCACCCCUCAUUUGGUUUUUUAGAUUCCAAAUAUAAGUGAAAUCAUAUGGUAUUUGUCUUUCUCUGUCUGACUUAUUUCACUUAGCAUAAUACACUCUUGGUCCAUUCAUGUUGCCACAAUGACAAGAUUUCAUUCUUUUUUAUGGCUGAGUAAUAUUCUAUUAUAUAUAAUUAUCCUAUUAUAUAUAAUUUUUUGCUAUAUAUUAGAUAUAUAUCUGUAUUAUAUAUAUUACAUCUUCUUUAUCCAUUCAUCUAUCUACGGACACUUAUGUUGCUUCCAUAUUUGGCUGUUGGAGAUAAUGCUGCAAUAAACAUAGGGCUGCAUAUAUAUAUUAGUGUCAUCCUUUUCCUUGGGUAGAUACCCAGAAGUGCAUUACUAGAACAUAAGGUCCUUCUAUUUUUAUUUUUUUGCAGAAUUCUGUCUAGCAUAACAUUUAUACAAACACCACAAGUUUUAGAUUCUUGCAUAAAUCGCUGACCAGGAUGUUCAGAAGAAAGUGCCUUUAUGAACCUUGUAAACAAGCCAAUGCAUCAAAAUAUCUCAACACAGGGUAGACCAGUGUUCAGGCAACCUUAGUGGGCAGAGGAUUUGUCACUAGAGAUCUAAACUAGGGGAAGCGGGGCACCUGGGUGGCUCAGUCAGUUAAGUGUCCGACUUCGGCUCAGGUCAUGAUCUCGCGGUCCGUGAGUUUGAGCCCCGCGUCAGGCUCUGUGCUGACAGCUCAGAGCCUGGAGCCUGUUUCAGAUUCUGUGUCUCCCUCUCUCUCUGACCCUCCCCCGUUCAUGCUGUCUCCCCCUAUCUCAAAAAUAAAUGUUAAAAAAAAUACUUUAAAAAAAAAUAAACUGGGGGAAGCCACAUCCUGAUUAAGUUGUGCGCCUGGGACGGUUGACACGAUCACGACCUUAGAACGGCUUGAAAAACCCGAGGAGGUUGCACACGCAUUCAAGGCCUGGGCUUCUGCAACUGUGCACAUUUGCCUCGUGUUUGCCCUUCGAGGUCCAGUUCUAGCUCGACCUCGUCCGUGAAGCCUUCCUUAAUUCCACCUUCCCCCACCAUUGCUUCUUCCUCCAGACUCCUGUAGCAUUUCAUCCCAACCGCUCUGACCUUCUCUCCCAUAAUCGAGUACCCGUCACAGCACCUGGCAUAUGGUGGGUCACAGGAAACAUUUGAGUGAAUGCAGGAAUCUACACCAGGAGCCUUAAUCUGCUGCCCAGAUAUGUUCUAACCUGAGACGGAUUUCUUUGGAUUUUUCCAAAGCUCAUGAGAAACUUCUAGAGGGACCCGAACUAAGUACUGUAUAGCAUCCCAAACAAAGGCCUAUUUCCAUAUCAACACAUGUCCUAUGUCGUAAACAUUGGUCAUGUUGACAAACACAUUUAUACACCCCACACCUGUCCUUGCAGGAUACAUGUAAAUAUAUGUAAAUGAACACACGCAAAGACUGUCUAGUGACAUGAUCUACAUGUACAUCAGAAUAACUGUGACCAGGUGACAUGAUUUAAAACCUGCCCAGGGGCCCCUCAAAACCAGUGCAGCCCAUUUGCAGCCACAGGGGCUGAAAAUCCUCUCCCCACAUCUUUUCCCCGGGGGCACACGCACACACACCGUCUCGUCCUCCUCGGUGAACACAAGCCAGGGUCCCCCAGUUUGUCGCAGGCCUGGACCGGGUGCUCAUCGUGGGGCAGCCGGGCUCCCAGGUGUGGCUGCUGGAGUGCCUGCCCACUCGGAGUCUCAGGACCCAUCGCUUGGAUUGAGUCCGAGCCACCCCCCACCCCCCUCACUCAGCGCAUGACUUAUACAAGUUCUCUUCUCCGGAUCUGAUCUCCUCUGCAAAAUGCAGGACAUGACAGCAUCCCGAGGCCGUGCGAGGAUGGCCGGACACAACAGAUGUACAGCAGGACACUGCCAUGCCACCGUGGAGUCCCACAUCGUGUUGUGGCGUUGCACAAGUCUCCGAGCAUCAUUAACCCGUGUUGCUUCAUGUUGCCGAUGGGGCAAUUGUUCAAAACACAGCUUUUAUAAGAGACCAGAAGAGGACCGUGAGGGACAUCUGAUCCGCUGAACUCGAGGGUACCCAGGAGGGGAGGACCCUGCCCCAAGGGCCAGAGCAAGGCCAGGAUGGCGGUGCUUGUGGGAAAGGCCAGGUUCAGUCUGACGAUGCUUCUGCCUCUGCUCUCAUUCCUCCUGCACCUCUCCGGGGCCUUUCCGGUACCUUGGGAAUCCCCGGAAGAGGAGACCACGCAAGUCGUUCGGAAUUACCUGGAGAGGUUCUACCAGCUGCCGCGGGGCGGAUACCGGUCCGGACGGAGCAACGGCACCAGCGUGGUUGUGGACAAGCUCAGAGAGAUGCAGCGAUUCUUUGGCUUGAACGAGACGGGGAAGCCAGAUGAGCAAACGCUGGAGAUGAUGCAGAAGCCGCGCUGCGGGGUGCCUGACAACGGGGACUUCAUGGUGACCCCGGGAAACCCCAGGUGGAAACAUACGAACCUGACCUACAGGAUCCUGAAGUACACCACGCAGUUGUCCCCGGCCAAGGUGGAAACUGUCAUUAGCACAGCCUUUCAAAUAUGGGCUAACGCAUCAUCCUUGACCUUCACCAAGAUCUCACAGGGAGAAGCGGACAUCAAUAUCGCUUUUUACGAAGGAGAUCAUGGUGACAAUUCUCCAUUUGAUGGACCCAAUGGAAUCCUCGCUCAUGCCUUCCAGCCAGGCCCAGGUAUUGGGGGAGACGCUCACUUCGAUGAACAAGAAACAUGGACCACAAAUUUUGAAAAUUAUAAUUUGUUUCUUGUUGCUGCCCAUGAAUUUGGCCAUUCCUUGGGGCUCUCUCACUCCACUGACCCGGUUGCCUUGAUGUAUCCCAUCUAUGCUUUCCGUGAACCCAGCACCUACACCCUCCCUCAAGAUGACAUCAACGGCAUUCAGGCCAUCUAUGGACUUUCAAGCAACCCUGUCCAACCAACCGGACCAAGCACACCCACAGCCUGUGACCCCAGACUGACAUUUGAUGCCAUUGCCACACUCCGUGGAGAAAUCUUAUUCUUUAAAGACAGGUACUUCUGGAGAAGGCACCCCCGGAUGCCAGAGGUGGAGCUCAACUUCAUCUCUCUGUUCUGGCCGGCCCUGCCAGACGGCAUCCAGGCCGCGUACGAGGACUCGGACAAGGACCUAGUUUUCCUAUUUAAAGGCAGCCAGUACUGGGCUCUGAGUGGCUAUGACAUUGAGCCAGGCUAUCCCAAGGACAUCUCAAACUACGGCUUCCCAAGCAGUGUCCGCGCAAUUGAUGCCGCUGUUUACUACAGGGGAGAAACCUUCUUCUUUGUAAACAACCAGUUCUGGAGAUACGAUAACCAAAGACAAUCCAUGCAAACGGGUUAUCCCAAAAACAUAGCAAGCAUCUUUCCAGGAAUAGAAAGUAGAGUUGAUGCAGUUUUCCAGCAGAAUCACGUCUUCCUCUUCUUCAUCGGACCCACGUAUUAUGCGUUUGAUCUUAGCGCUCACAGGAUUACUAGGGUUCAAAGAAGCAACAGAUGGCUUAACUGCAGAUAACCCUGAAGCAAAGUCACACGUGUCUGCAUCAGUUUCCUGCGAAUGGAAGGAAAGUCUAGUUUGCAAAUUCAUUUUACUGUGUCCUAUUUAUACUUUUCUCACCCAUAAGUAAUGCCUGCUGUCACUGUCCUCACUGGGCCUGUCUUCCGUGAAAAUGCAUUUGGAGUAGUCCACCGUCUACAGGGCUGAUUUAGUUCUCACCUAUUCCAGCUCAAGAGAGGAGAUGAAGCCUUCCUGGUCACCUUAGUGCUCACUAUGUUGUUACUCAUCUGACUUCUAGAAUGCUCGUAUAUACCUGAGGCUCCUUAAACAUGUCUUAAUUAUAUCUGCUAUGUACCGUUCAGCACUGGGUUCCAGUGAGACAUAGAGCUCAUGAACAACGUAAACAGAACCUCUUGCCUUUACUGAAAACGUGGUGCUAUAUUCCAGUCCUGGAAAAAAAUCCUGUUGACCCAUGGGGUGGGUUGAACUGUGUCCCUCCAAGAAAGAGAUAUUGAAGUCCUAGUCCUAGGUGCCUAUGAAUGUACCCUGUUUGAAACUAGAGUCUUUGGAGAUGCAGUUAGUUAAAAUGAAGUUAUCCUGGAGCAGGGGGGCCCCGGAAGAAGAGGGUCCCCGCACACACUGAGGGGGACGGUCACGUGAAGGUAACACAGGGCCUGGAAUGAUGCAUCUACAUGCCAACAACGGCCAGCACCCAUCACAGGCCAGCAAGAGGCAAGGAAGGAUCCUUCCCAGAGCCUUCAGAGAAACGAAUUUUAUCCUAACACCUCAAUUUUAGACUCGUAGCUUCCAGAACUGUGAUAGAAUAAACUGUUUUUUAAGCAACCAAGUUUGUGAUGCUUCCUUCUGGCAGCCCUAGUCCGUCCAGCAGCCAGGACAGAACAUCUGCACUUGAGAAAUGAGUCAACACAAAAUGACAAAGUUGAUUAUUGUCACCUUCCCCCGGAAAGGAGCAAGAAGGGCGGUACCACUUUCUCUCCCGCCUCCUCCCUGCUCUGUCCUUUUAGAUUCCAAGCAAAAGGGCUAGUAGUUGGAUUUCUUCUUCCCCAUUUCUUUUUUUCCAGGGAUACUCUGGGGGGCACCUGCUACCAGUAAGUGGGAUUUACUGCACCAACACAACAGUGCUGGGCACAAAAUACUGUGAAGCUCACUAAAUUAAACUGAGCUUGGAUGCAUACAUUUGAUAAUGGUUCUUUCCCACCAAGAACUGUAGGACUUCAGGGACCAUACUGGCCAACCAAGACAUCAAGAUCAUUAUAACACCAUAUCGGCAGUUGUUAGAACGUAAUGCAGAUUAUUACACAUUAAAUGAGUGCAUUGUAAACUAUAUUUAUUACCAGCACAUUCUAUUUUCUUAUUCUGUUAGUUUUUAAAUCCCGCAGAUAAUUAGUAGAAUUUGGUAUCUUAUUCUGGUUCAAAAAUUAUUAAGUGCAUUUAAAAUAAAUAUAUUAAAUGACUGACUUGUGAUCCAUAAUUUCUUAAGAUGCUACCACAUGGUUCAUAUAAAGUAU